ACACAGAAUUCAGUUCAAUGCGAAAUUUUGUUUGAACCAGACGCGAAAUUUCUUAACGCUGCGUGGCCAAAAAUCGUAAUCGCGUUGGCAAGCUCGUAGAAAUGGUCAACCACUAAAAGAAUUCGGUGCCCUAUAAAAAGUGAACAUUAAAACAUUAUUAAAAAAAAAAAACAAAAAAGAAGUGAUUGCAGAGAAAAAAAAGUUAACAAUUAAUUUUGCAUAUAAAUCAAGACAUCGCGUGUGCACCUUUGAAACACUUGUAAGACAAGAUAACCUGACUAAUCGAAGCUCAUCGAAGUUAAUCGCCUCUAGUGAAAUCGCUGACCAAUUGGCAGUGCCGUUUGUUUAACACAUUUUUUAACACCAAACUCAAUUCCAAUUUGAAUUCGAGGUGUAAUUUCAAUUUUCAUUUCGAGUGCACAAUAUUCAAUUGGAAUUGCAAUUGCAAUUCAUGCCACGGCAAGUAGUUUGAACGAUGCCAGACUGAGGCGCAAUCAUGCUACACUUAAGGCUAUUCGAUAGCUCCCUCUACUACACGCUGGCCUCCGCCUCGGAAUCCUCGGGGGUGGCAGUUGUCUCCUCCACGGAAAGGUCGUUCAAUGGCAGCGCAGAGGCGGUGGGCGGUCACGGUGGCACCUCGCCACCCACUGACGUGGCGGCAGUUAAUCUGACAUAUUUCACACCUGCGAUAUCACACGUGAUGCUGGCGCCAACAACGAUAGCAGCAACGACAACUUCGGCCACAAUGGUUCAGACGACAGCGGCGCCAAGUCACGACUUAGAAUCGGGCGGCAACUCCACAUCCAGCGACGCCGGCGAAUUUGACAAUUUAAAUUCGUUCUACUUUUAUGAGACCGAGCAGUUUGCGGUGCUGUGGAUCCUGUUUACCAUAAUCGUCGUGGGAAACUCGGCGGUGCUCUUCGUGAUGUUCAUCAACAAGAAUCGGAAAUCGCGGAUGAACUACUUUAUCAAACAGCUGGCUUUGGCAGAUCUGUUCGUGGGACUGCUCAACGUGCUGACGGACAUUAUAUGGCGCAUCACGAUUUCGUGGCGGGCGGGCAACCUGGCCUGCAAGGUCAUCCGCUUCUCGCAGGUGUGCGUCACAUACUCGUCCACCUACGUGCUGGUGGCCAUGAGCAUCGACAGAUACGACGCCAUCACACACCCGAUGAACUUCUCAAAGUCGUGGAAAAGAGCGCGUCAUCUUGUGGCCGGCGCGUGGCUCAUCUCUGCAUUAUUUUCUCUACCUAUCCUGGUGUUGUACGAGGAGAAGCUGAUCCAGGGGCAUCCGCAGUGCUGGAUUGAACUGGGCUCACCAAUAGCAUGGCAGGUGUACAUGAGUCUGGUAUCGGCCACUCUGUUUGCGGUUCCGGCGUUGAUCAUCUCCGCCUGCUAUGCAAUCAUCGUGAAGACGAUUUGGGCCAAAGGAUCUAUUUUCGUUCCAACAGAGCGAGCUGGAUUUGGAGCCGCACCUGCAAGGCGUGCAAGUUCAAGGGGCAUUAUUCCGCGGGCCAAGGUCAAAACGGUCAAGAUGACACUCACCAUCGUGUUUGUGUUCAUCAUCUGCUGGUCACCCUACAUCAUUUUCGAUUUGCUGCAGGUCUUUGGCCAGAUUCCGCACUCGCAAACCAACAUAGCAAUCGCCACAUUCAUCCAGAGUCUAGCACCAUUGAAUUCGGCAGCAAACCCCCUGAUAUACUGCCUCUUUUCCUCGCAGGUCUUUCGCACACUAAGUCGUUUUCCGCCCUUCAAAUGGUUUACCUGCUGCUGCAAGUCGUACCGCAACAAUUCGCAACAAAAUCGCUGUCACACAGUGGGUCGCCGUUUGCACAACAGUUGCGAUUCGAUGAGGACAUUGACCACCUCGUUGACCGUUUCCCGGAGGUCCACCAACAAGACAAACGCCCGAGUGGUCAUCUGCGAAAGACCCACCAAGGUGGUAACCGUGCCGGCCAUGUCAGAGGUAUGAUAGCUGGCCCACACAACUCGCAAGAGAUCCGCUUUCGCGAUCCACGGACCCACUUCAUUCAGCGACGCGGAGUUCCUUUAAAUAGGAAGCGGGCCCAUCCUGUGAAUGCACCAGAGGCUUAGACAAUAAGUUCGAUAGUUGUACAUGGCAUAGAGAAAGCCAAAUGUAGGUCCUUAGUCGUAAGUACGCCAAGUUUACGAAUUUCAAACCUAUUUGUAUGUGCCCAAUACCAAUCUAUAGUUAAGGUAAUGCAUGAUCUAGAGUGGAAUUUGUAUGACUUUUACUUAAUACCAAUAAUAUAGUAAGAAUCUUGAGAGUUAGCAAUGGAAUCUCCCUAGUAUAGGUGUCACAGUAAUUGCACUUUCAACUGGCUUUACAUAUUUAUUAUUUAAACGAAUGCUUUUCAUAAAUAAAACAUAUAUUAGUUUAAUCUUUCCACUUAUAGUUGCUACUUAGUUAUAACUUAAGCGCCCUUUGUUUUGCUUUUUGAAACGAAUUUCUGUGACACUCUAAGCGAUUUGCAAGGCAAUCGAUUUAAAAAGUUAUUGAGAUUUUUGUGAAACCCCUGAUAGUCUAGGUUUCAGUCCAUUUAUAAGCUCACUUAAGACGCUCUUUUACUUUUAUUCUAUUUAACAGACUGAUUUUAUUUUUGUGAGAAUUACGGCCAUUUACCAGAAACUUAAAAUGCAUUUCCUUGCAGUCCUAACUAGCUGUUAGGGCCAUUGAAAUUCCAACUCAUCCGUGUAUAUAGCCACUCGUAAUGGUAUAUAACAUGCCCAAGCAUGUUAAGCGAAAUCUCAUUUAGCAUAAGUAUACCAUAAGAGUUAAUAGAGCAUAACGUUGUAGUCAAUUUGGUUUAAGCUAAUAUUUAUUUCAUAAUUAUGUGUAGACGCAAAAUAAAGGCAGCGACUUCUCGAGUGUACCGCAUCCUUCAUUUUCCCAGCACGCGCUGGAAAAUCUUCCUUUUAAGUUCGCCCCACUGAACAAUGGGCACAAGGACGCUAUUUGCCCUC